GUCUCGGAGGAGAGUGGCGAACAGAACGGAGACCAUCCAUACAAAUGCAUUAGGUUUACACUGCAUUUCAACAUAACACACUUAUUGAAUGCCUAGCUACUAUGCAAAGGGGACAAUGGAUUCGAAAAGGGAGAGAAAUUCCCUUGUCGAUUGUCUCAGGAAUAAUAUAGCACGCGCCCUUUACUAAAGUAACUGAUACCGCACAAAAGCUGGGAAACGUAACGGGGAAGAGAACCGCGAACAAUGCAGCGAGGAUGAUUUCUGCCAGAAAAACUCCGGAGAAGAGUCGCUAUCACUUUCAUUAUCUGGUGUGGCAUAAUAAACACCGGCAACUGGAGAAAGAGCUCUCGGCGCUUGAGCAGUUAGAUUUAGAAGUUUUGGACCCACGGGGUCGGACUCCUCUCCACCUGGCCGUGACAUUGGGCCACCUAGACUGUGCCCAUCUGUUACUCCAGCAUGGAGCAGAUGUCAGCAAAGAAAACAGAAAUGGUUGGACAGUGUUGCAGGAAGCCAUUAGCACACGUGACCCAGAGCUGGUACGCCUGGUGCUGCAUUACCGUGACUACCAACGCACCACCAAGCGUCUGGCAGGAAUCCCACGCCUACUGGAGAGACUCCGGCAGGCACAGGAUUUUUAUGUGGAGAUGAAGUGGGAGUUUACAAGCUGGGUUCCAUUAGUGUCUCGAAUCUGUCCGAGUGACACUUAUCGGGUAUGGAAGAGUGGUCAGUGCCUCCGCGUGGAUAUGACGCUCAUGGGAUUUGAGCAAAUGACCUGGCAGAGAGGGAAUCGCAGCUUCAUUUUCAGGGGUCAAGACUCCAGUGCCAUGGUAAUGGAAGUGGAUCAUGACAGACAGCUGGUGUUUUGCGAGACGCUCCCAUGCCUGUCUUCCUCCCCUUCCUCGCCCACUUCCCCCUCUUCCAGGGUAAGCACUACCGCUUUGAGCCUUUUAGGGGCACUACAGCCCAGCUACGAACAAGUGGCGGCACGUCUAUCCGCUCCUGUGGUGGCAACGCAGCUCGACACCAGGAACAUCUCCUUUGAGAGGAAUAAAACGGGCGUUCUUGGCUGGCGAAGUGAGAAAACUGAGGUGGUGAAUGGGUACGAAGCAAAGGUUUAUUGUGCCUCUAACGUAGAGCUGAUCACACGAACACGCACUGACCAUCUCACUGACCAGCACAAAACAAAACCGAAAGGUGGUAAGUCACCUCUGCAGUCCUUCCUGGGUAUUGCCGAGCAGCAUGUGGGCCCAAACAAUGGACACACUCUGGUGAAGCAGAUAUCGUCCCCUGUAACAAACCCUUCGGCCCUGACGGCUGAGGAGUACUUUAACCCAAACCUCAGUCAUAGUCAAAGAGACAUCGGUCAGCCCUGUCACCUCACCACCAAAACACAAAGGUUCAAAGCUAAGUUAUGGCUGUGUGAAUCACACCCUUUAUCUCUGGCGGAUCAGGUGGCUCCUAUCAUCGACCUCAUGGCCAUCUCCAAUGCCCUGUUUGCUAAGCUUAGGGACUUCAUCACAUUACGCCUGCCCCCUGGAUUCCCGGUCAAGAUAGAAAUUCCCAUCUAUCAUAUCCUGAAUGCACGCAUCACCUUCGGUAACCUGAACGGCUGUGAGGAUGGCGGUUUGCCUAGGGUGGACUCUGAGAGGGUUGGACAGAAGGACCGUCCCAGGACAGAGACACCGUCUCCAGGCAGUGACUCUUCCAGUGUGUCCAGCUCUAGUUCCACAAACUCAUGUCGCGGGGGAGAGAUCCCACCUUGUGUGUUUGAAGCUCCACGGGGAUACAGCGUGUUAGGCGGAAACCAGAGGCAGAACAUAAGAGAAGAGGAAGAUGAUUUGUUACAGUAUGCCAUACAGCAGAGCCUCAUAGAAUCUGGAUCAGAGUACGACCAGGUGACAAUCUGGGAGGCUUUAACCAACAGUAAGCCAGGAUCACACACUCUGUCCUGUGACCCCAGCCGCCUCGAAAGGACCCCACAGCACAAACCCAGACCCCUGGAAAGCCCUCGCAGCACACCAACCAAUAAACCACCAAGCAGCUACAACGAGCAGCUGCGUCUAGCAAUGGAACUAUCCGCCCGUGAGCAGGAAGAGGCGGAGCUUCGUCAGAGACAAGAGGAAGAGGAACUGCAGCGAAUCAUACAGCUGUCACUCAUGGAGAAGUGACACAACUCGGGACUAAUGGGAAACUAGGGGUGGGAGAGCAUGCCUAGGGAUACGUAACGUAAACAAUAUGAACUGUGAUUGGCCGCUCUCAAAUACCCCACCCUCUUCUUCCAUAGAACUGGGUAACAGCGACUUUGGACCAGUCCGAGUCAUUCAGAACGUCCUCACUCUGCAAGUUUACAACCAUUUCAUGGCAAUCCACUGACUGAUCAGCACCAGUUUGGUGCAUGGGGCCGUUCUUUAAAUGUUUGUAUGUGUGUUAAUGGCUGAGAAAGCUCUUCUUUAAGUUUAUGUCUGAAAGCCAUCAUCCAAGCUCUCUUAAAAAACUUCUUUCAAGCUCACAGAGGAGUUCUGAGGGUAAUGUUGAAUUUUGUCACAUUUUAAUUAUAAAUAAUGGAAGCAUUUUGGUUUUUAAGGCACAAAGAUCUCUGCACUUGGAGAUGGGACAGAGGAGCUUUGAUUAGUUCUAAUAGACUGAUAAUUCAACCAGUGGAGAAAUGACUGUAUUGGUACAACUGACAGGUAAUAAAAAGGCAAAUUCAAAGGGAAAAAAUACAUUUCAGGUACACGUCAUUUAUGACUAAAUGAUUCGGUUGAAUCUGAAUCAGAUCCUCAUUGCAAUACUCAUAAAUUGUGUUCUAAAUGCAACUCAUAAUUCACAUUCAAUGCAGUGUGUGCUCUACUUAAAAUGGUGCUAAGUUCAUCUUUUUAUCGAGUCUUGUGUAUGUUAAUAAUUGUACAUGUCAUGACAAGCAUUCCUCUGUUCAGUAACUCAACAACAAACAAACAAGCUUUCCUUCUGUUUAAGAUCCUUUCAUUACCUCCAUACAUUGCUUCAUUCAACAUUACCAUUAGAGCUCAUUAUCCCAGACAAAUUAGUUUCAUGACUGGAACUCCUGGGACAGCUAAUCAAAAAUCAAAUUGUGCUUUCAAAAGGGGUGCCAGUUCUGGAAUAAAUCAUGAGAGGAAUCACUCCUAGAGAGAUAAUGCCCUGAAUUAAGACAAAAAAUGACUUCUAUUGGAGGAUCUUAAAAUAGAUGUUUCUCCUUUGUCAAAUAUAUUCUGGGUCUGAGUGACACACCCUCAGGAGUUGAUGUAUGGUGAAACUGAUCAAAACGAAGGAAACAUGGCCAUACUUCACUUUGGAAAAGCAUCUACGGAAAAGCACAAGGCAUGAAUGGGAUCAUUCACCCAGAAAUGCAAAUUCUGUCAUCAUUUAGUACCCUGUUGUUCCAAACCUGAAUGACUUUCUUACUUCUGUGAACACAAAAGAUGUUGUCAGGUUGAAUGUUAGCCUCAGUCACCAUUCACUUUUACUACACCUUUUUUUCCUACAGAUAAUGAAAGUGAAUGGUGGCUGAGAUUAACAUUCUCUCUAAUAUUUGAAGAAAGUCAGUCAUACAGGCAUGGAACAUCAUAAUGGGGAGCAAAUUAUGACAGAGUUAUAAUUUUUUUGGGUGAACUAUCUCUUUAGCAUCCUAGACGUUUUCAAAGAAAAGAACUAAUGAAAGUCUGUCCAGUGGUUUAGCUCCUGAUAAACAAAUAUAUAGGUUUUAUUUGAUAAAGAAUUAAGAUUGUCCGACUUGCCAGGGUUCAGUCUUUAAGAAAUGCUUGAAAUGACUCAAUGUUUUAGGAUAAAAAUUAUAAGAGCAUUAUUUAUAUUAAACCUUUUUAAGGAAUAGUUCACCUUAAAAUGAAAAUUCUCCCAUUAUUUACUCACCCUCAUGCCAUCCCAGAUGUGUAUAACUUUCUUUCAGCAGAGCAAAAACAAAGAUUUUUAGUAGAAUAUUUCAGCUCUAUAGGUCCAUACAAUGCAAGUGAAUGGUGGCCAAAACUUUGAAGUUCCAAAAAGCACAAAGCAUACAAAUUAAAAGACUCCAGUGGUUAAAUCCAUAUCUUCAGAAGUGAUAUAAGUGUGGGUGAGAAACAGAUUAAUAUUUAAGUCCUUUUAUUUAUAUUCUUUACUACAAAUCUCCACUUUCACUUACACAUUCUUCUUUUGUUUUUGGAGAUUUACAUUCUUUGGGCAUAUGGCCACCUACUGGGCGGAGAAGAAUUUAUAGUAAAAAAAAGGACUUCUUACCCACAUCUUUCAAAUUGCUUUUGAAGAUAUACAUUUAACCACUGGAGUCAUAUGGAUUACUUCUAUGCUGCCUUAAUGUGGUUUUUGGAAUUUCAAAUUUCUGAAUCACCAUUCACUUAAAUUCUGAGGAUCCGCAGAGCUGAGAUAUUCUUCUAAAAAUCUUCAUUUGUGUUUCGCAGAAGUCAUACACAUCUGGGAUGGCAUGAGGGUAAUCUAAAUGAGAAUUUUCAUUUUUGGGUGAACUAUCCCUUUAAAUAAAGUUGGACCUGAUUUGGUUGAUGCUGUGGUUUGUGUGGAGUGCUGCUAUAGUGUAUGUGACUGAAUUAUAUUGUUCACAUUUGAAACUUAAAGGCAUUCAAAAUAAAGGAUACGAAAUGUAACAUGAACACAACUGUCAGGUGUUGUGAAUGUGCAAUUACAUAUCAAGGA